GUACUUGUACUCUAGAAGGGUUUUAGGUUUUGAUCACAAAAUCAAAGCACUGUAUCAAAUUGAAUCACCAAAAUGCUCUCAAAAUUCCGAAUCCUCCACAAUUUGACUCAACGCAUUUCUUCAACAAUCAGCACUCGCAACAGUGCCAAUGCCUCGCAUUUCUUCGUAUAUACAAAACCUCUCUGCACAAUGGUUAACUCUCAAUCUCAACUCUCACCCGAAUCACCUGAACUACCAUCAUGGGUCAUGUUCUCCGACAACCCGACAACCCCUUCGGAUGAAGACUUCGUUAUCCCUUCUCUCGCUCAUUGGGUUGAUUCCAACAUUCUUGAUACAAAACCCAAACUUUUUGUGAAGCCAACUUUGGAUGAAAGUACGCACCUUGUCGAUGUUGAACCAAUCAGCAUCGUUCUAAAGGAACACUACUCUUCGCCUGAGUUGGUUACUCAAGCACUCAAAGUUCAUGCUUUUAAGGUUUCCAAUAGUUUGGUUAACCAGAUUUUGAAGAGGUUUAGCAACGAUUGGGUCCCAGCUUUUGGUUUUUUCAAUUGGGCAAAAACACAAACACCUUAUCAGCAUUCUCCUGAACUCUACAAUUUUAUGGGUGAUAUAUUGGGAAAGUUCAAGGAAUUUGAUCUCAUGUGGGAGUUGGUGAAGGAAAUGGCGGAAUUUGAAGGGUAUGUGACGUUGGAUACAAUGGCUAAGGUAAUUAGGAGGCUUGCAAAGAGUCGCAAGCAUGAAGAUGCCGUUGAAGCUUUUCGAAGUAUGGAUGAGUUUGGUGUCAAAAAGGACACAGUUUCAUUGAAUGUGCUCUUAGGUGCUUUGGUGAAAGGAGAAAGUGUUGAAGUUGCCCACAAAGUUCUUUUUGAGUUUGAGAGUUUGAUUCCAUUGAACUCUGCUUCGUUCAAUAUUUUGAUAAAUGGGUGGUGUAAAAUUAGAAACUUUGAGAAUGCCCGAAAAGCAAUGGAGAAAAUGAAGGAACAUGGUUUUGUUCCUGAUAUUUUCUCAUAUAAUAAUUUCGUUGAAGCUUAUUGUCACGACAAGGAUUUUCGCAAAGUGGAUCAAGUUUUGGAGGAAAUGAGGGAAAAUGGUUGUCCUCCUAAUGCUGUGACUUAUACUAUUGUGAUGCUUGCUUUGGGUAAGGCAGGGCAAUUGAGCAAAGCUUUGGACGAAUAUGAAAGAAUGAAGAGAGAUGGCAUUGUGCCUGACACUCCAUUUUACAGUUCAUUGGUGUUCAUUCUUGGCAAAGCUGGUAGAUUAAAGGAUGCUUGUGAAGUUUUUGAGGAUAUGCCUAAGCAAGGUGUUGUGAGAGAUGUGGUGACAUAUGAUACUAUGAUUACUAUUGCUUGUAUACAUUCAAAGGAAGAGACUGCCCUUAGGUUGCUUAAGGAAAUGGAAGAAACGUCGUGCAAGCCGGAUAUACAGACUUAUCAUCCAUUGAUCAAGAUGUGCUGCAAAAAGAAGAGAAUGAAGGUGCUCAAGUUUUUGUUGGAUCACAUGUUCAAAAAUGAUUUAAGCCCUGAUCUUGGAACUUACACACUUUUGGUGCAUAGUCUGACUAAGUGUGGAAAACUUGAGGAUGCCUGCAGAUUCUUUGAGGAGAUGGUCUUGAAGGGAUUAACUCCAAGACAAUGCACACUCAAGCUAUUGGUGGGAAAGCUCGAGUCCAAGAAAAUGUCAAAGGAGAAAGAUCACGUUGAGGAAUUGAUGGCACGUGUCCUAGAGCUAGAGCAACGACAUAUUUAGGGCACUUAAUAAUCCUUGGUCAUUGGACUUUGGACUACCUAAUGUUUAGGAAGGAUAGUUUGGAAAGAUUUUCCCCCCUAAAAAUUGUUGUUUCAUGAACCCAAUGUACGUUUAGAAGUUUAUUUAUGCAGCCAGUACUCAUAUUUAUGCACCAUAUGUACGUUUAGAAGUUUAUGCUACAGAGGAGGGGGGUUUUAUUUAUCUUCCACCAAGAUUUAUUCAAGUGCAUCGUUGUAAAAUUAACCCCUAAACAUUUUCUCAAUAAGAAAUCUCUCAACAAUUUUGUUUC